GGACAGGCAACACGGGGCAAGUGCGCGUGAGUGGCGCCAGAUAACAGCGGCUGGUGGUCGCGAAAACGAAGAUCCCAGCGGUUGACGAAAUAAUAGAACCGACGUCGCAACGUUCGAACACAAUGGGGAAGAAUUCUGUGAAAGACCAAACUCCGGGGAAGGGUGAAGGGGAGCCUAACGGGGUGUUAAGCAAGGGGAAAGGAGAAGAGAAGGAGAAAGAGGAGAAGAUGGAGAUGGUUGGGACAUUCGAGAUUUUCCGCUUUGCGGAUAGCGUGGACGUCCUGUUGAUGGUGUUCGGCACGAUCAUGUCCAUGGUGAACGGCGCCAUCCUCCCCCUCAUGGUCAUCGUCUUCGGGGACAUGACCAACAGCUUCGUCGACAACGCCCAGGCCCCCAACAUCUCCGCCUACCCCAACUUCACGCUGCCCCCCAAUUUCACGUUUCCACAGCAGUCUAAUGAGACCUUUGGGGAGCAGAUGACUAGGCAUGCCAUAUACUACAGCAUCAUGGGAGCUGUAGUGCUGGUGGCGGCCUACAUGCAGGUGGCCUUCUGGACGCUGGCGGCCGGCCGGCAGGUGAAGAGGCUCCGCAAGAAGUUCUUUCACGCCAUCAUCCAGCAGGAGAUCGGCUGGUUCGACGUCAACGAGAUCGGGCAGCUCAACACGCGACUCGCCGAGGACAUCCUGAAGAUCAACGAGGGUAUCGGCGAUAAGAUCGGCCUGCUCAUCCAGUCGGUGACCAGCUUCCUGACGGGCUUCGUGGUGGGCUUCGUCUACGGCUGGAAGCUCACGCUCGUCAUCCUCUCCAUCAGCCCCCUGCUCGGAAUAUCGGCAGCCAUCAUCGCCAAGGUCAUGACGUCCUUCACGUCCAAGGAGCAGACGGCGUAUGCCAAGGCAGGAGCGGUGGCGGAGGAGGUGCUGUCGGCCAUCAGGACCGUCUACGCAUUCGGAGGACAGAAGAAGGAAAUAGAAAGGUACAAUAAGAACCUGGUGCAUGCCAAGAACAUGGGCGUGAAGAAGGCGACGACGGUGAACAUCGCGGUGGGCUUCACCUACUCCAUGAUCUACAUGUCCUACGCCCUCGCCUUCUGGUACGGCAGCACGCUCAUCAUCGCCGACGAGUACAGCAUCGGAGACGUCCUGACGGUUUUCUUUUCGGUCAUCAUUGGUGCCUUCUCCCUUGGCCAGUGCUCUCCAAACCUCCAGACCUUCGCCAGCGCAAGAGGCGCCGCACACAAGAUAUACGCCAUCAUCGACCAUAAACCCAAGAUCAACAGCUUCUCCUCUGACGGCCACAAGCCCGACCACAUCAAAGGAAACAUCGAGUUCAAGAACAUUCACUUCAACUACCCCUCGCGACCAGACGUUAAAGUUCUGCAGAACAUGAGUCUGAAGAUCUCCAAUGGCCAGACCAUCGCGCUGGUGGGCAGCAGUGGGUGUGGCAAGAGUACUACUGUACAACUCCUGCAGCGCUUCUACGACCCCGAGCAAGGAUCGUGCGUGGUUGAUCCUCAGGUGAGGCAGGGCCGGACCACCAUCAUCGUGGCCCAUCGUCUGUCCACCAUCCGCAACGCUGACGUCAUCGCCGGCUUCCAGAACGGGACGAUCGUGGAGCUGGGAACGCACGCAGAGCUGAUGGAGAAAGGAGGCGUCUACCAGACACUCGUCAACAUGCAGACCUUCAAGAGUGUGGAGGAGCUGGACGAGGAGGAGGAGUUGAGGAUGAGGACCACGUCGGUCAGCUCCAUGUCCGAGCACGACCUGGUCAGGCAGAAGUCCAGACGCGCCUCCCUCGUGCCCAAGAAAGACCCGGAGGAGGAGCAGGAGGUGGAGGAUGAUAAGCCCCCGGCCGUGAGCUUCUUUGAGGUGCUGAGCUGGAACGCCCCCGAGUGGCCCUACAUGGUCGUGGGCAUCCUGUGUGCCGUCAUCAACGGGGGCAUGCAGCCCGCCUUCGCCGUCAUCUUCUCCAAGAUCAUCUCCGUGUUUGCAGAGAAUGACGACGCCGUGGUCCGGCAGAAGGCCGACCUCUACUCGCUGCUCUUCGCCGGCAUCGGCCUCGUCUCGUUUGUCACACUUUUCCUGCAGGGCUUCUGCUUCGGGAAGGCUGGAGAGAUCCUAACCAUGAGGCUGCGACUCAGCGCCUUCAAAGCCAUGAUGAGACAGGAUCUGGGUUGGUAUGACGACACCAAGAACAGCGUGGGUGCUCUAACUACAAGGCUGGCCACUGACACCGCUCAAGUCCAGGGUGCCACAGGUCUGCGCCUGGCCACAUUAGCCCAGAACGUGGCCAACCUGGGCACGUCCAUCAUCAUCUCCUUCGUGUACGGCUGGCAGCUGACCCUCCUCAUCCUCACGGUGGUGCCCAUCAUGGCCGUGGCCGGCGCCAUCCAGAUGAAGAUGCUCGGGGGACACGCCACCAAGGACAAGAAGGAGCUCGAGAAGGCCGGCAAGGUUGCUACGGAGGCCAUUGAGAACAUCCGCACGGUGGUGUCCCUGAGCCGAGAGAAGACCUUUGAAGACCUGUACCAGGAGAACCUCCACGUGCCCUACAAGAACUCUGUGAAGAAGGCCCAUGUGUUCGGCUUCACCUUCUCCUUCUCCCAGGCCAUGAUCUACUUCGCCUACGCCGGCUGCUUCAAGUUCGGCGCCUGGCUCAUCGAGCAGGGUCACAUGACCUUCGAGGGCGUCUUCCUGGUGAUCUCAGCCCUGAUCUACGGGGCCAUGGCCAUCGGAGAGGCCAACUCCUUCACGCCCAACUACGCCAAAGCCAAGAUGUCCGCCUCCCACAUCAAGAUGCUCACCGAGCGGGUCCCCGCCAUCGACAACGCCUCCGAGGAAGGAGAGAAACCGCUGAAGUUCGAGGGCGACGUGACGUUCGAGGACGUGUUCUUCAACUACCCGUCUCGUCCGGACGUGCCGGUGCUGAAGGGGCUGCGUCUGCGCGCGCGUAAGGGCCAGACGGUGGCGCUAGUGGGCAGCAGCGGCUGCGGAAAGAGCACCACCAUCCAGCUGCUGGAGAGAUUCUACGACCCCGCGCACGGCUCUGUGCGUCUGGACGACAUGAACACGCGGGGCCUGAACAUCCAGUGGGUGCGCGCCCAGAUGGGCAUCGUAUCCCAGGAGCCCGUCCUGUUCGACUGCAGCCUGGCCGAAAACAUCGCCUACGGAGACAACAGCCGCACCGUGAGCCAGCAAGAGAUCGAACAGGCCGCCAAGUCAGCCAACGUCCACUCGUUUAUAGACAGCCUGCCAGAGAAGUACCAGACGCUGGCGGGGGACAAGGGGACGCAGCUGUCGGGGGGCCAGAAGCAGCGCAUCGCCAUCGCCAGGGCCAUCGUCCGCAACCCCAAACUACUGCUGCUGGACGAGGCCACGUCCGCACUCGACACCGAGAGCGAGAAGAUCGUGCAGGAGGCGCUGGACUAGGCUCGUCAGGGCCGCACGUGUCUCGUAGUGGCCCAUCGCCUCUCCACCAUCCAGACGGCCGACGUCAUCGCCGUGUUCCAGGACGGGGUGGUGGUCGAGCAGGGCACACACCAGCAGCUGCUGGCCAAGCAGGGCGUCUACCACCAGCUCGUCACCUCGCAGAUGGGAAUCGUACAGUAACGCAGCAAGGCGUCUACCACCAGCUCGUCACCUCGCAGAUGGGAAUCGUACAGUAACGCAAGGCGUCUACCACCAGCUCGUCACCUCGCAGAUGGGACUCGUCCAGUAAAUGUGUAGUAAAAAAGCCGCACUCCCGGAUCA